UGCAGUCCAUUAAACUACUUAACCAAAUUCAUUGGUUUUGCCAGAUGCAUGUUUAUUUGAAUGUAAAUAGGAAAUGAGUACUGGUAUGUACCUUAGAAACAGUAUUGAAGGCUAUAAAGAGGGAAAUUUCAAAUGAGCUAUGAUUUCGAACUCUGCCAAUCUGAAAUUGUAUUUUUAUUUGCUUUAUAUGUCUACUGAUACACAUGCAGUUGUAGAAUUCAUUGAUGAGAAGUCAGUUGAAGUUGUUCCCAGAAGUUGGAUUGAAGCAUGUGAUGGUGUUUUGUGUUGCUAUUGGCCGAGGACAAAUGUCUUCGCUAGGGUAAAGAAACUGGAAUUGCCAGACAAAAAUGGUUGGAAAAACAUAAAGUUAGAAUAUUCACAUUUGCAGACAAUUUUAAAAGUACCCAAAAGUUUGCUAGAAGAGCCAUUGCCACUUCAAACAUUGAACCAGAUGAUGAGUCAAUCAACGACAAGCCACGAAAACGUCCUCGUCUCAAAAGGAGUAUGGAAGAAUUUCCAGAUUACAGUGACAUAGAAAACGAUGAUGACAGUGAUGAACCCGUAAUUCAACGCAGAGCCCCUCAGUUACCUCCUGCUCCACUUUACGCAUCUUUAGUAUGAACAAUAAGCAUUUAUUGGAAUCUUCUGAAAGUAAUAUAAUAACAGCCGUCAAUGAAGUCUUAUCAACAAAUUCUAGAAAUUUGCCGGUGUACAGCAAACUGAUCUCCUUUGCAGAAAAAGAUUUAUAUGACGGUGAACUAGCACCAGAAAUCCUAAACACAAAGGAUCAUGCAAUAACUUCGCUAUCUACGAGUAGGACACCAUCUCAGCGUAGUGGUACAGGCAACGUCUUUUCACAAGGAAUUCCUACAACUGGCACAACAAGAGAAAGCCAUUCUCAACAAAACAGUGAUGUCUUAGAUGCGCAUGACCUUUCAUCGCACGAAACGCCUUCGACAAGUUUUAUGAACAUAACACCUGCAGAAAGACGUUCUCAACCAAACAUUAAUGGCUUCCAAAGAUCAGUUCUCACCAAACUGGAAACAUUAAUUGAUAAGCGUUUUUAAUAUUGCGUGCUCUGUUAAGCGCUACGAAAGGUGUAGACAAGCACGAAAUUUUGGAUAAUGUUGUACCUACUCGCUUAGAUUCGGUUGAAGAACUUGAGGACCUAUCCUCUAGUCUUGAUGACGAAACGUCCAGAAGAAAGUUGGUAAGUUUUGGAAAGUUAACCACCCAUACGUAUUUAGUAAUAUUUAUUGGCACCGCCUAUUUUUUAUGCAUGACUCUUUCAAGGGUUACGUAAAAAAAUGUGACAAAGGAAGGCAUAGCCCUUCCCCUUUAUCGGUUUGGAAACGUGAAAACGAUGGUUUCAUUUGCAAUUACGUAACAUAAUAUUGACUUUCUUCUAUCAUUUGUGUUUGAAGAUUGAAAACAUGCACGUUUGUCAAAGUCUAAAACGUAAUUUUAAUGACGAAUUUCAUGACGUUAAAGAAGUCAGAUUAUCUGAUUAAACAAUAUGAAUCUAGCAUCGUGUUUUUCGUGAGAGCAUUGACGUGUUCUGAUUGAUUUAAAUACGUUACGAUACUUCAAACGGCUUUUAGGAGUAUGUCGUUUUAUUUGUGCUGAAAAAUUUUAACAAAG